AUGGAUCUCGACGACAUACGCGAAAUUCAAGAAAAUGAAAUCGAAGCACUCAAAGCCAUAUUUAUGGACGACUACCGAGAAGUGGUUAACCAAACCCCUUGGAAGGUAGCCAAUGCAGCACCCGAGUUUAUCUUACAUUUGGCACCUUUGGGCGUUGAAGAUGAGGAAGUCCAUGUAUCUAUUGAUCUCAAAGUCAGAUUUACAAAAUCGUAUCCAAACAAACCGCCCGAAUUACACCUGGUGUCUCCCAGGGGAUUAAGUCCUCAACUUGUGCGUCGAUUGAAUGAUUCUUUACAAGCUGCUGCCAAGGAUAUGGUUGGCCGAGAAAUGAUGUACGACCUUGCAGAUCAUGUCCGUGCGUUCCUUGCAAAUCACAACAAUCCUCCACCAGAAGGCAGCAAAUUAAGUUUCCAUGAGCAAAUGGUCAAGCGUAUGGAGAAUGAUCUCAAGGUGGAACAAGAGCGUGAGCUAAUGGAACGUACACGUCGUGCACAAGAGGAAGAAGCAGAACGUCGUGUCCAAUCAGAGAUGAUGAAUGCCAAGAUCCAGGAAGAGAUUGAAAGAAAACGACAACAAGCACAAGCCGUGAAACGCUUACGACAAGAACUUGGCUAUGAUGCUGGUGAAGUGGAUGAUGAUCUUUAUGGACAUGUGGAUGAUGAACACAGCGGAUUUGAGGAUCCAGAAGAAUCAGCAUUACGACAAAGCAUUUUGGAAAGCAGCGAAGUUAGCACCAUUCAAUUCGACAACCUUGUAUCGAUUCCUUUCAACAAUGAUCAAAUCUGUUUCCGUGCUAUUGCUCUUGGUCCACGACUACGACAGGAAGAUAUCAGUGAAACGUUCUCAGCCAAUCCGCUAGCAUUCAGAAUCCUCAAGCGAGAAAACGACAACAACCUUGUGGAAGAAGAGAGUGGCGAUGUUCAAUCACUCCCAAGUCUGGUACUCGUCAAACGUAUCAAGGUAUCUGGAUCCUAUUACAUGACACCUGCAGGCAAACGCAAGUUGCAAGAGGUGGAGCGUGAAUUGGACCGAUUGCGAUCACUCCAACAUCCACAUAUUGUUGCUGUGUAUGACGCCAAAUUGGAACGAUCCAAGCUUGAAAGGCAUAGCUGGACAUUGGAUAUCUUGAUUGAAGAUGAACGAGGAACACUCUUGUAUGAUUUGCUGCAGACAUGUGGUGGUGGUUUACGUCCUGGUAUGGUGCGCAAGUACAUGAAGCAAUUGUUAUGGGCUGUCAAUCAUAUCCACCUCAACGGCUUUGUAUGUCGACAAAUUCGAGCAACGAGUAUCUUUUGCAGCAAAGAUCAAACGGUGCGUAUAGCCGAUGUCAGCUACGCACGUCGACUACGAGAUCUCAAUCGAUCCAAUGCAUUGAACGACCAAAAUUCAAGCGACAGCAGCAUCGAAUUGUUACCAGGAUGGAUGUCACCCGAGUUACGUGAAAGACCUGGUGUCUACAACCGAAAGAAUGACAUUUGGUGCUUGGGCGUUGUCUUUUUGGAGAUGCUAUGGGGUGUGGAUGUCACCAAAGAGUAUGGAGAUUUCGAUGCAUUCCUACGAUCCGAGGCAAAUGAAUUACCAGCUGCCGCACGUGACCUUGCCAAAAAGAUGCUUCAUACAGAUCCAAGGAAACGACCCACAGCAAUCGAUCUCCUCAAAGACAGCUUUUUUGGUGAUGGCAAAGAUAGCAAUGGUCCCGUCAUGGAAGAAGUAUCCACCGUGUUUAUGAACGAUCGAGCAACAAGCACGCCUAUGCAACCACAAAAGGACGCUCCUGCUGGUUUCGGUGAUGGUGCAACAAUUUAUGAACCAUCCAUGGUAACCCAUGCAAGAGAGAAAUCGUUGUCGUCUCCUUUAAUGGUACCCGCAUCCACCUCUCUACAUCAUCCAUCCACUGGUUCAAGCUCACGCUACAGGACUGAUUUUGAGGAAAUCGAGUUUCUUGGAAAAGGAGGUUUCGGUGAAGUGGUCAAAGCAAAGAAUCGAUUGGAUGGACGGCUUUAUGCAAUCAAAAAGAUCCGCUUGGACCCACGCGACAGCGAAGAUCUCAGGAAGAUUUUACGUGAAGUGCAAACAUUAUCCAGCCUACAUCAUCAAUACGUUGUGCGCUAUUAUGCAACAUGGUUUGAAGAUGAAGAUGGUAGCGGUUGGAAGGAUAGCGAAGACGAGGACUUUACCGAGGAUGAAUCAAUGUCCGAAUACGAUGAUGAAGAUGACGAGGAUGUCAGUGUUCUUCAAAAGCGUUUCGACUUUUUAUCUACCGAGCAAUCCAAGAGCCGCAGCUAUUCCGCCAUCAAGUUUGCGGCUGAGGAGGAAGAUUCAUCAAGUGAAUUGGAAGCAGGAGAAUCAUCAUACGACGACAAGACCAUGUCCUCGAUGGAUGACUACAUUGAUUUUGCUCCCGAUGGAAACGAAUCAUCUACCGUCAGUGGAAAGAAGCUCGCCUUGACCCGCAGAGUGAUUGAUAAGUUAAAGAGUCGUCGAAACCGUACCGAUGAAAGCGACAAUGGCAGCAGAGGACGUUCACAACGCACACGUGUCCUUUACAUCCAAAUGGAAUAUUGUGAGAAAAAGACGCUACGUGACAUUAUCGAUGAUGGCGUGGACGAGGAAGAUGCCUGGAAACUUUUCCGACAAAUUCUCGAAGGUUUGGUGCAUAUUCACUCUCAAGGCAUGAUUCAUCGCGAUCUCAAGCCAUCCAAUAUCUUUUUGGAUUCCAAUAACGAUGUCAAAAUCGGUGAUUUCGGCUUGGCGACAACCAAUCAAACUUUUGUGGAUGCUGUCAGCGCCUUUGCAAGGACAUUCAACAAUCGGAACAGAGCAGGUGGUGAACGUACACCCACUCAUCAUGACGGCUUACUUGAUUCGACCAAUGGCAGCUAUGCAGGCUACUCGGCAACAAGCAUGAAUGCGGGUGUGGAUGAAAGCAUGACAACUGGUGUUGGUACUACAUUCUAUGUAUCACCCGAAGUGCUACCCAAUCCAACAACAGGCGCAUCACCCGGCAUGAGAUACAAUCAAAAAGUGGAUAUGUUCUCCUUGGGCAUCAUCUUUUUCGAAAUGUGCUAUCCUUUUGAUACUGGCAUGCAAAGAGCAAUUGUUUUGCAAGAUCUGAGGAAUGGCAAAUUCCCAAAUGAUUUCCCAAAGGAAUAUGUCAACCAACGCAAGAUCAUUGAGCGAUUGAUUUCUCCACAGCCAAAGGAUCGGCCAAACAGCUUUGAAUUAUUACGCAGCGAUCUAUUGCCUCCAAAGCUUGAAGAUGAAUAUAUCAAAGAGUGCGUGCGGACAAUCGCCAAUCCCAAUACACCUUACUAUCACAAGCUUAUGACAGCCAUGUUUUCGCAAUCAUCCGAUCGACACAAAGACUUUACGUACGACUAUCAUACGCAAGUGGAAGCCCCAUUUGAUCCAUUCAGCCAUAUAUUCUUUGACAUGAUCCGAGAGCAAAUGAGCAAAGUGUUCCGACGUCAUGGUGCUAUCGAUCUAUCCACGCCACUUUUGAUACCCAAGAAUGAUUUGUACGAGUGGAAUUCAAAGAACCCUGUUUACCUAAUGGAUCCUCAAGGUUCGAUCAAUCAACUUCCUUUUGAUCAAACGGUGCCUUUUGCCCGCUACGUUUCUCGUAAAAAAGGUUUUCAAGAGCUGAAGCGAUUCACAUUUGAAAGAGUUUAUCGCGAAAACCCAAGUGGUGGUCAACCUGAAUCUGCCUUGGAAGCCGACUUUGAUAUUGUACACAAGGAAACAGCGCUCAUGGUGCCGGAUGCAGAGGUGCUAAAAGUGGUGGAAGAGAUCCUUGAAGAAUUACCGCCUUUCAAGUCUGGAGGCUUUUAUUUCAUGAUCAACCAUGCUGGUAUCGCCGAUCUCAUCUUGGACAGUUGCCGCGUUCCCACAGAUAUCCGGAAAGGGGUCAUGGUGGCAUUAUCGAGCCUUGGGCGUGGCACAUCCUUUGCAACAGUACGCAACGUGCUCAAACUCAAGUUCCAUCUACAACGGAGCGUAUUGGAUGAGCUGUCCAUAUUCAACGUGCAAGGUGAACUCGAGAAUACUGGAAAAAAGGUGGAUGGCUUGUUGGUGGGACAACACAAGUCCAAGUUUCGAGAGUAUCUGGGUGAACUACGUGUGCUUAUCUCGAUUGCAAAAAGCAUUGGCAUCCAUCACAAGAUCGUCUUUCAUCCUUUGUUGGUGUACAAUAAUCAUUUCUACAAGAAUGGUGUUGUGUUUGAAACGGUGGCCGAUACAACCGAUUCAAGGAAAAAGGAUGUGCUUGCCGUUGGUGGAAGAUACGACGUGCUUAUCCAAAACUUUGCUCACCCAAACGCCACUGCCAACCGCAAGUUACGUGCUGUAGGCGUCAACAUUGCUGUACAAAAGCUUAUACGACGCAUGGAUAUGUAUCAAUCGGAGCAAGUGAAGUACCUUGUCAAGUCGAAGAAUGAAAAGCUAAGGAGUUUUGGUGCAUGGGCCCCUAAGCAGUGUGAUGUCUAUGUGGCAAGCUUUGGCAAGGUGGCUCUUCAUGAACGACUCGAGAUUGUACGCGACUUGUGGAGCCACAACAUUGGAGCCGACUUUCAAUAUGACAAUGGGAAUCAAUUAACGCCUGAAGAGCUCGUUGUUCACUGCAAAAAGGCGAGCAUCAAUUGGCUGGUCAUUGUCAAGCACCGAUCAUCCGAUAACAAAUCCAACACAAGUGAAAUGGUCAAAGUCAAGGAUGUGCUCCGCAAAACUGAAACUGAAGUUAGCAAGGCUGACCUUCCAGUAUGGCUCGCUGCUGAAAUUGGAGAACAAAUGCGUAUCGAUCAUAACCACACGGUGGGCAAGAUACGUAACAAGCAUGAUCUCAAGAGCAAAGAUGUGGUUGAGACAACACGACAUGAUGAAAUGUCCAAAUUCAGUGAUGGAUACGAGCUCAAGAAGGAUGAUUUUGACGUGCACAUUAUCCACAGUGAAGGACGUGGUGGCGGCAAGGAACGAGUCAAAUUAAAACAUAAGCAUAAGACCAUGUUGAUUGACAAAGCCAUCUAUCAUAUUAUCCCGAUUAUGGAAGGCUUGAUGAAAGGAGAAGUGCAAGUAAUUGCAUUCGAUCUGUCAAGAGACCUGCUCAAACGAAUGAGUGAAGCGAAUACAUGGGUGGAUGAACAAGGAUUCAAAAAGUUACAAGAAGUCGCUGGGAUUGGACAAAAGGAUACCCUUUCAAGAGCAAGACAUGCUAUUCAAAAGCUUAUUGAAGCUAAGCAUAAAAGUGUAUGGCUUUAUUCGUACAAAGAAGACUAUGCAGUUUUAUGUAAUUUACGCUAA